AUGACUCUCGACAUGGUCGUAGGUGCGAGCGCACCGUUGGCGGGCUCGUUCUGGAAUGAUUGUACGGAGGCGACCAUGCACCGCGUCGUUGACAUGCUCCUCGCGGCGGAGGCCGGUGCCAAAGAUUCCGGCCCCGACGACCGCGCGGCUCUUGCGGUGCUCAACGUGAAGGCCGACUUAUGCCGCGCCCUGUUGAGCCACUGCGCGGACGCCAGCAACAUAUGUUUGGCGGACGUGCUCGACGUGCUCGUGGCAGCUUUCGCAGACGUCAACGCCAAGAAUGUUUCGGGGGAGACGGUUCUGAUGUACUCCGCCGGCUGUCCCGAUGCUGUGCGCGCCCUCGUGCGCCUGGGUGCGGACGCAACUCGCUCCGAUUGUUGCGGAUACACGGCCCUUUUUUUCGCGAAAGACAGGGAAGUGGUCGACAUGCUCGUGGACGCCGGUGCCGACGUCGACGCUCGGGCGGAAGACGGCAUCACGCCUUUGAUGCACGCGUGCUUUCAUACAGACAUCGAAGUGGCUCGCGCCCUCUUGGAGAGUGGCGCAGACCCCAACCUCCGGGACGACGAAGGGAGGACUGUCCUCAGCGUGAUCUGCUCCGAACUAUGCGACUUUGUCGUCGCCAUGCUCGACUUGUUGCUGAGGUCGGGUGCGGACGAGAGAAUCGCCGACAGUGAUCACGGCCGUCUCCCCGUCGAUUGCUUGUCGGAACGUGUUUACCCUAAGGAGGUGGUGGGCCAGGCUCGGCAUCUGUUGCUGUCCGCCCCGCGGGACAGAGCGUGGCGCCGCCGGGGAUUUGUCUUGAUGUGCAUGUCUCGCAGUGCGGGCGCGGAAUCCAGCGGCAGCGACUUGGCACGGUGGCUCGUGAGCGCUCGGGCGGGGCAGGAAGGGGUGUUUAGAGAGGUCGUGAGGUACCUCUAA